AGCUGUUGGCCCUGCUUAUGGCUCACAAUGGGGACGCUUCAGCAAGUUCUUUUCAUUUUUCUUGGCCAUUUUCUUGCCGCUCAGUCUUUUGGUAGACUCGAAGAUGCCAUGUUUCCCCAGGAUUUCGGAGGCUCUUUUGACAAUAGCUGGCUUUUUCCAUUCGAUAGAAACUUUGACUUCCCGCCGUUCGACAACCUCUUCAGCUCUUUGCGUAGGUGGAGCCCUGGAUUUCACAUGCUUGGUGAAAUCCCUCCCAUCAACGCUCCAAGAGUUCAGGUGUUCUGUGAUGAAACCAAGCUAACUCUGGUGGUGGAGAAGAAGGCUUCCGGCCUGAUGCUGACUGAGGAGGAAAUAUGGCUGGGUGAUGGUUGCUAUAGCAACAAAGAGCUCCCAAACCAGUUUGUUUUUGUUUAUGACUUGGAUCAGUGUGGAACUACACCUGUGUUCCAGAACGGCUGGCAAGUUUUCACCAACUCCCUCCAUUUGAACCUCAAAACAAAUCCCACUUGGUGGCAAACUCCUUCCACAAUUCACAUCUCCUGCAUCCCAAAGAGGUCGUAUACUGAUCCAAACCACAUCUCUCAACAAUCUGUGAAUGCAAAGAGCUUUGAUAUCCAAGCCAUGAAUUCUUCCUGGACCACCACUGCAGAGUCCAACCUCUAUAAAAGAGGUCAGGUAGUCCAUCUCCAGGUUUCUGCCAAAACGAGACCAGAUCAGCAGCUUUUCAUCCACUCCUGCUUUGUCUCUGCAUCUCCUGAACCUCAAACUAGACCCAGACAUGCAGUCAUAUUGAACAAAGGGUGUGCAUCCUCAUUUGGUUCUCCGUAUACAGUUGCUCGGUUUGCAGCCACCAACCGAGCAGAUGUGGUUAACUUCAUGCUGAAUACAUCCAGUCUAAUUUCUGAGUUGUACAUCCACUGUAGUGUGGUCAUCUUGGAUCGGGGGCUCACCUCUGCUACAAAGUCCUGCAAUUAUAAUGUGAAUAAAUCAAGAUGGGAAGAACUAAAUGGGGCUACACAGGUCUGUAGUUGCUGUCACUCAAAGUGUAAAGGCCAAUCAUUCAAGACUCUUUCUGAUGAUGCCAAAGCUGUGGUCAGCAUUGGGCCCAUGGUCAUUGUGGACAAUGAUCACGAGUUGAACCCUACGCUUCCAGAAUCGAAACCCCAAACCUUCAGCUCUUUACCCACCACCAUGAUGUCUAACGCUCCCAGUCGCCCAGAAGACUUGAUUGUUUCUGCUUCCUCUUUGUCACAAAGCACGCUUGAGUCUUCACCCCAGGGUGUAGUGAUGGUGAGUCAGGACCCAACCACCAGGCUAACUCUGUGGCUACCUGCACAGGCUGAACCUGGAAAUGUGUAUCCAUUUGGAGAUGACUUGUCCAUUCAGUCACAGCCAGGUGUUGGCGGUAAUCCUGAGCAGCAGCGUUCGAGCGCAGAUGAAAAGGCUUUUCUGAAUUCACUCACAAAUGAGGUUGAUGGUCUAACAAAAGGCAUAGGUGACCCUUUGCUGUGGGAUGUGAAACUGGUCCCACUGACUGAUGGAAAGCCUAUUUCUUCACAUGGCAGUGAAGUUUUUGCUGAAUUGCCAAGGAACAGGUUGGGAAGAUCUGGGAAUUUUGCUGCAAAGGCUGACUCAUCUCUUUCUACUGGGAUUAAUGUAAAUCUCAUGUUUGCUGAAAAGCCAAAAGAAACCACACCAGACGCUGAGGAAACCGAAGCUGGAGCAAAGCGACCUGUCCACGUGAACGAGCCUGCCAUGGGAGAGCUUUCUCAAAUGGACACGGAGCCUGAAGUGGAUCUCCAGCCAAUAAUUCGUACAAAAUUGGAGUUCACGAAAAGUGCAGAUGGUUCAAAGAGGUUGAGUUAUGAGGAAGAAGUGGAGAAACGCCCACAAGGAAAACAAGAAUCCAAACUAAAGGGACUGCGCUUGACUUUCUUGAAUUUGUUGAGGAGGAUGGACAAGGCAGAAUAAUGCAGCUCUGAAGAUGAGAAUUAAAUAAAAA